CGCUAGCAGCUUUCGUCAUCCCUCGAUUCUCUACCUCGAACCUUCUUAACCUUUACACCCUCCCACGCGAUCCUUUCGCACCCUCUGCAUAUCCCAUACAUAAUGUCCGAAGUGCAAUCUAGGCCUUCUGGUCGCGGCAGAAGCUCUGUCAGAGGGCGAGGUGGAUUCCGAGGUGCUCCUCGUAGCAAACACCCGAAUGGAGACUCGUCCGCUGUCGUAGACCACACUGCAGAUGAGGGAGAAUUGGCUGAGCUCAAGAAAACGUACCGUGCUCAGUUGUCAACCUUGAAGGAAAUGUUUCCAGACUGGACAGACAUGGAUCUGCUUUUAGGCUUGCAAGACUCUGAUGGCGACCUGGAGCGGACUAUUGACAAGAUCACAGAAGAGAAUAAGACUCCGCCUGUCGUAUCAGAAGAUCCUGAGCCCCAGCUCACUCCCUCGAAGGAUGAGCUUACCGAAGAGAAUGUUGAGCAUCUGCCAGACGCUACUGAACAGCCUGCUCUCACAGAGACCGUCGCAAGCACUAUUGAUGCGUCAAGUGUGAUUGGCAACGCAACACCCGCCGGUCAAAGUACCCCUGCUGCUCUGCCUCGUCCACCUAUGGGCGGGUAUGCUGCCACUGCUUUGAAAGCGACGGCCACACCUGGACGAAGUGCGAGCUAUCAACGUAGACUGUUUGAGCAACACGAAGCCGUCGUAAUGCCAGGGCACAAUGCGGUCGACCGGGCCGCCGUCCAAUUCGGGAGCCUAGGCCUGAACGGCGAUGCCGAUGCAGAUCUCGACGUGGAUGAAGAGCGGGAAGCAGCAGAGACUCGUCAGCAGCCUCCUCAGCAUUCACCAACAGGACAGCCGAGGACGUCUCUCCCACCAGUACCCCGGCACACUUCCGCUUCGGCUGAGCAAGCACCUCUCGAGGCAGUGCCGACUCCCAAGCAGGCACCAGGACUUCCACCAGUUCCUCAACAGCAGUCUCCGUCAACUACACUCGGAGGAGCGCCUGGUCUCACACAAGGGGCUCCAGGAAACCAGCAAUAUAACCAGUUCAGCCGCUACGGACAAUCAGCCGAGGCGACCGCUCCUACCCAGCAAAAGUCGUAUGAUCCAUUCGGCCACCAAGCUCCCCAUUCGACUCCGUUCGAAACCUAUCCUUCUCAGUCCCAAGGCCCGAGCCAACAGCCGCAACCUGCACCGUCAGGCCUUGGUGGCUAUACAUCUACCCCGAAUGAUUUGACCUCCUACUACACGACCGAUCAUCAACGCACCCAGUAUCAAAAUUACUAUAACAAUUCAUACGGUCAGCCAGGCCAGCAGCCGGCGACUAGUCAAGACGCCGGAGCGGGCCAGCAACGCGCCGGAAGCGCUUUUGGGUCCGCCUCAGGUGAACCUGCCUUUCCCGCGUCACAGGCCCAGCAACCACAGUCUCGAUAUACCGAUGCUCAGAACAGCGGAAACAACACGCCAAACCCGGUUUCAAGUGGUCAACAUGGUGCGCAAUCUCAACAGACCGGCCACAACCUGCACCAACAACAUUCUGGACACGGGGGCUACGGAGGUUAUAAUCAUCCGUACUACAGCCAGCCAUACUACCAGAGUUAUAUGAAUCAGAUGAAUCAAUAUGGUGGUGGCUAUGGUAACCAAGGCUAUGGUCCAUACGGUGGAGGCGGAAAGAGUGGCAUGCACAACCAACCCCAUUACGGUUACGGCAUGUCUCCACAAAGCUCAUUCGAUCAGCAUUCAUCUUCUCCUGCAAAUGCGGGUGGAUUUGGUCACUCUUCCGUACAAGGACGCGAAGGUGGCUUAGGCGGUGGCUUCGGUGACUAUGGCCGUUCAGGCUCUACUCAGCCUUCCUCGCAACAGCACGGCGCAUCUGGAUUCGGUGGUGCAUCUGAAGGGUUUGGACGCCAGCAAAGCGGAUUCCAGAGCCAGAGCCAGUAUGGACAACAACAGCAGCAACAAAGUGGACAGCAAUCUGGAACGGAGGAUUCGCUGAAGCCCUUUGGCGAGUCCAAGUCAAACGCAGGACCAAGCCCUUCACUCAACCAACCUGGCCGACCUGGAUCUGCUACGAACACUAGUGGAGCUGGCAAUGCAGGACUCCCAGCCCCACAGUCCCAUCAACAAGGCUUCAGCGGUGGCUAUCCUAACCAUCUGAGCGGCCAGAACAGCCAAUAUGGUGGUGGUCUUGGAGGUCUGGGUGGUGGUCAUCAAGGUGGUCAGGGUCACCAAGGACAACACCAAGCACACCAGGGUCAAGGCUAUGGAUUUGGCGGUGGAUAUGGUGGUUACAACAACUCAGGCGGCUACAACCGCGGAGGUUGGAGCUCCAAUUACCAAGGUCAUUAGAGUCUUUGUGGGAUGCAAUUCUUGUUUGGAAGGACGAAGCACUAGGAGUCAGCAGCAUCCUCACUUGAAGGCAAUAAUUCGAUGGUGGUGAUGGGAGACGUUGGUCUUUCUCUUUAGCCGCCAGUAACAUUACACGCAUAUCGGU